AUGGCUAUGUUGCAGUUUAUUUCCAGUGGAUUACCAAAGGUUGCAGUGCCUUCCACUAUCCAUUGUGACCAUCUUAUUGAGGCUCAACAGGGAGCUGAAAAAGACUUGGCUAAAGCAAAGGAUGUCAAUCUUGAAGUUUAUGAAUUUUUAUCAGCAGCUGCUGCUAAGUAUGGAGUGGGUUUUUGGAAGCCAGGGAGUGGAAUCAUCCAUCAGAUUCUGCUAGAAAACUAUGCAUUCCCUGGUCUUUUAAUGAUUGGAACAGACAGUCACACUCCAAAUGGUGGUGGAUUAGCUGGCUUGUGUAUUGGUGUGGGAGGAGCAGAUGCUGUUGAUGUCAUGGCUGGGCUGCCUUGGGAACUUAAAUGUCCUAAGGUUAUUGGUGUGAAACUAACUGGAAAGUUGAAAGGCUGGACAGCUCCCAAGGAUAUCAUACUGAAGGUUGCUGAUAUUCUCACAGUGAAAGGUGGCACUGGAGCUAUAAUUGAGUAUUUUGGUUCCGGAGUUGAGUCAAUCUCUUGUACAGGAAUGGCGACUGUGUGUAAUAUGGGAGCUGAGAUUGGAGCCACAACAUCUGUGUUUCCCUACAACAGCAGAAUGGCUGAUUAUUUGAAGGCAACAUUGAGAGCAGACAUAGCAGCUAAUGCAGACUUGUUUAAAGAGAUCUUGAGAGCUGAUGAAGGAGCUCAGUAUGAUCAGAUAAUUGAAAUCAACUUGAGUGAGUUGGAGCCUCAUGUAAAUGGUCCUUUCACUCCUGAUCUUGCUCAUCCUAUUUCAAAGCUUGGAGAAGCUGCACAAGCAAAUGGCUGGCCAAUAGAUAUCAAAGUUGCCCUUAUUGGUAGUUGCACUAACAGCAGCUAUGAAGACAUGAGUCGGUCAGCUAGCAUUGCUGUUCAAGCUUUGGAACAUGGACUGAAAGCAAAGUCUCAGUUCACUGUAACUCCUGGGUCGGAACAAAUUCGAUCUACCAUAGAAAGAGAUGGACUUAGUGAACCACUUCGGGCUAUUGGAGGCGUUGUUCUGGCCAAUGCUUGUGGUCCAUGCAUUGGACAGUGGAAUAGGCAAGACGUAAAAAUGGGUGAAGAAAACACCAUUGUGACUUCAUACAACAGAAAUUUUACUGGUCGGAAUGAUGCCAAUCCAGCUACUCAUGCAUUUGUGGCUUCUCCAGAAAUUGUAACUGCUUUGGCUCUAGCUGGCAAUCUUUCAUUUAAUCCAGAAACAGAUUAUUUGACUGCUCCAAAUGGUCACCAAUUCAAGCUAAAAAGCCCUUAUGGAGAUGAGUUGCCAAAUAAGGGAUUUGAUCCUGGACAGGACACUUAUCAGGCACCUCCUGCAGAUUCCAGCAAUAUAUCUGUAAAUGUUCAUCCUACCAGCCAACGACUAGCUCUGUUAUCUCCAUUUGAUAAAUGGGAUGGUCAGGAUCUGACUGACGUGCCUAUCUUGAUUAAGGUGAAAGGAAAAUGUACAACUGACCAUAUCAGUGCUGCUGGGCCAUGGCUGAAAUAUCGAGGGCAUUUGGACAACAUAUCAAACAACAUGCUCAUUGGAGCUGUGAAUGCUGAAAAUGACAGAACCAACUCUGUAAGAAACCAGUUGACAGGAGAGUUUGGAGAAGUUCCAGAUGUAGCACGAUACUAUAAGGCUCAAGGUGUUCCAUGGGUUGUUGUUGCUGGUGAGAACUAUGGAGAAGGCAGUAGUCGAGAGCAUGCUGCAUUGGAGCCAAGACAUCUUGGUGGCUGUGCUGUCAUUGUGAAAAGCUUUGCUAGAAUUCAUGAAACUAAUUUGAAGAAACAAGGUCUCUUACCACUGACGUUUGCUGACCCUUCUGAUUAUGACAAAAUCUAUCCUGAUGACAAGCUUUCACUAGUUGAUCUUGUUCAGCUCUCUCCUGGAAAGCCUGUACAUUGCAUAGUCAAACACAGUGAUGGUAAGCAUGAAGAAAUCUCACUACUUCAUUCAUUAAAUGAACCACAGAUUGAAUGGUUCAAGGCUGGCAGUGCUUUGAAUCGCAUGGCUGAGUUGGCAAGGAAAUAAUUAGCUAACAACACUGAGAUGUACGUUCAGUAUUAGGGUCGUGAUUUAUUCUAUUACAUGUUACCUGUUUAGUUUAUGGAUUGUGGUGGUCAGCUUAAAUGCUAGCUAGGAGUGACUUUCAAGACUACUGCAUGUGUCGUGAAUGCUUUAUAGCAAUGUGUAUUAGUCAAGAUUAGUGUAUUAAAUCAAGAACGUCUCGGUCCUGGA